GAGGUCGCCCUGUAGGAACAGCAAACAACGGGAUAGUCUGGCUCACCGAUUCUCUAAUCUAAAAAUAAUUUAAAUCUGAAAUCACUUCUGGAUCUAGUUCGUAUCAGAUCGAGGUUGCCAGGCCUUCAUCAGCCCAAAUAGUCCGUGGAACUGAGGAAACAGUUGUCGAAAAUGACCGAUCAGGGAAGCGGCAUUGAGAGUGGUGGGUUCGACAACAAGUCUGCGAGGCGAAUGUCGGAAGCCAUACCAAACCCUCGCGAUGAUCAGAUUCAGCAGCCCGCCAACCAAACAGAGGGUUCGCCGUCUAAAGAUGAAGAGCAGUAUUUGAAAGCCGGACGACGCAGCACACCCAGAGACAACGGGCUAAGUCGGAAUGGACUCAACCGAAAUUCAUUCCAGCAUUCUACUCGCAGUUCGCCGGAACCAACCACACGCCCCAUGGAACCCCCCGUAACAAAAGCCACUCUGAGCGAAUUGGACGUUGCCAAAAUCAUUCAUAACCCCAGACUUCGGCACGAUAUCAACUUCGACCCCGAGCUUCACUUCCGACCCAACCUGGAUGGGGAAAAGGGUAGGAGGAAGCAACAAAAAGCCGACCAAUUCUGGGAUACCCUACGUGAUCAGUUGCAACAAUUCAUUACUGACAGAGAUGGCUUCAUUCAACAAUACGGAAACGGGGAAGACUGGUCUCUCCCAUUAUUACUGAGAUCCGUCAAGGAAAUUAUUCAGACUCUGGUGCCGGCUAGGGAUCGUCUCUGUCUAGAUGAGGGUCUCAACGUGGAGCUCAUCAUGCAGCAAUUCAGCAGAGGCAUGGCUGAUCUCGAAAAAUUGGCCUCUUGGUUAUCAGGGGUACUAAAAUCCCACUGCGCCCCUAUGAGAGACGAAUGGGUGGACCAGAUGUACAGCCAAUUGACCAACGGCAACCGGACGAAUAACAUGGCAGAGCUUGUGCAAGGCUUGCGCAAUCUGUUAAGUGUCUUGGAGGCAAUGAAGCUAGAUGUGGCCAAUCACCAGAUUCGAUGUCUACGGCCUAUUCUGAUUGAAGACACUGUGCACUUUGAGCAGCGUUUCUUCCUUAAGAAGAUGAGAGAUGGAAAGGUGAAUACUCGAUCAGCACAGACAUGGUAUUCACACCUAAGCCCCGUGCAGGAUCCAGUAUCAGUGCAGGCGUUCGGAGAGAUGGCCGUUUUUUUUGAGGAGCUUAUCAACAUGACCAUGCCUUCCAGCGCCCGCCAAUAUAGUAGUCUGCCUACCACAUUCCUCUUCGAUGAGGAGCGGAUCGCUAAGCUUCGCUGCGACAUACUUGACGCGAUCAACUUGGAAGUAUGUAUGCGACUGUAUGAGACGUACGAGACUGUAGACAGGAAUAUGUCGCAUUGUGAUCCUACAAUGGCAGUCCCUUCCCCAUACCUAGCUACACCUUUGUCCGACGCCUCAGGAUUUUUAAGCUCGAGAACCGAGGACGAGGGCAGCGAGUUCAACUUUAAUGCGCCUUCACGACCUUCGAGUAUGGUCUUCAGCUCUGCUGGCUCUGCCCACUCUUCUCCCCGUUCUUCCCUUAUCGCCCCAACAGUUCCAGCCGUCAAAUCGCAAGAAGAACUACGGUCUAGAUCUCAAGAGCUGUAUGAUUCUCUUGUAGCUUUGGUGCAGAGUUCUACUACAAGCUCACGUGCGUCCAGAUGGCGGGCGAUGAAUGACUCCCUAGCCCUGCAAAUUUUCAGGUUCACUAAUGCCUCAACGGAUAUGCUAGAGAGUUUCGAGAAGAGCCUCAAUAUGCAUGUCGGUGACGUACGUUCGCCUACCGAUGGGUCGGAAACUCCUUACUCGGCACUCUUUCAGAGUGUCGAGGACGUUUUCCGCGACCGUCUACGAGCAGAACUUCAACAGCGCGUGAAGGACUUGAAAGGCUUAACCGGUGUCAAUCUCUUCUCUGUCGCUACUGGUGGUCGUCUACAAGGUCACAAUCGUUCUUGGGAUAUCUCGCGAGACAGUGUUAGGGAUGGGGAGCGAGACAGCUCGACCCGCGGUACUCGUGAAGAGGCUGGCGUAGAUGAUAUGGCUAUCCGACUAGCACACAUGGGAUUGAUACACUGGAGAGUAUGGUCGCAGCUCGUCUAUGUCAGCGACGUUGACAACGACGUUCUUGAUGACGAUGUGCCUAUGGUCAUCUAAAGGUUGAUCCAGAAUGCCCAUGGCAAUACCCCCUUGAGAUGGGUAUUAUUCAAACUUCUGUCAAAUCUCGGCGACGAAGGACCUGACCCAUUGUGGUCCUUUACUACUACCACCUUUACCCCUCUUUAAUCGUAGCUCAUUUG